GAACGUCGCGCGGCAAUCCAGGAAGUAAACUGUAAGGUUCAGUUUGCGGAGCACAGAAGGAAGUGAGAGCAGUAAAUACGUGUCAAAUUCACUAUCUCAGCAGCUCGUCCCGUGGACUCGUGAAGGCGCAGCGAGACGUUUACUUGCCAGAGAAUUUCUGCAUUGCCUUCCACGGCAGAGCUGUCAGGCUGUCGGUCGUGUGCAGUGAAGCACACACACUCUCUCUAUCACACACACACACACACACACACACACACACACACACUCACUAUAGAUGAUGGUGGACUCCACGCUGGUUCAAGUGGGCAGGAAUCUGAGUGAAGCCAUGAGAAUACUGGGAGAUGGACAGAGAGAGUUGGAAGCAGGAACAGAGAGACGGCGCUUCAGCAGAACCAGCAUCCCUGGACCCCUGCAGGGAGAUGGUCAAGAUGUUGCCACUAUACUGCACCUUGUUCACAGCCUUAUACAUGAAGAGGAGGAGGAAGAGGACAAGCCCAGCCAACACAGGAUGCAGAAUGUGGCCGAGCAGGGUCACAUGGCUCUGCUGGGCCACAGCCUGGCGGCCUACAUCUCGGUGCUGGACAGAGAGCGACUGCGGAAGCUGACCACUCGGAUCCUGUCUGACACCACGCUGUGGCUCUGCAGGCUGUUCAGGUAUGAGAACGGCUCAGCCUACUUCCACGAGGAUGACAGGGAUGGCCUCGUCAAAGUGUGUCGACUGGUUAUUAAUGCCCGUUACGAAGAAUAUGCCUCUGAGGGUUAUUCAGUCCUCAGCUCCAAACAGCCAGUCAUCUACCACAGCGCCUCUGGCAGGCCUGGGCUGGGACAGCAUCUGUGCAGCCAGCUCGGCCUGCCUCUCUCUAGUCUGUGCACAGUCCCAUGCAAUACCAUCUUUGGAUCCCAACACCAAAUGGAUGUUGCACUGUUGGACAAGUUAAUCAAAGAGGACAUAGAAGCUGGGAAGCUUCCUUUGCUGUUGAUUGCCAAUGCAGGUACCCCUGGCGCAGGACAUACAGACAAGUUGGGACGUCUGAAGGACCUGUGUGAUCAGUACAGCAUGUGGCUCCAUGUAGAAGGGGUCAACCUGGCAACCCUGGCGCUGGCUCAGGUGUCUUCUGCCAUCGUGGCAGCCAACAGAAGUGACAGUAUGACACUGACACCAGGUCAGUGGUUAGGACUGCCUGCUGUAACAGCUGUCACUCUUUACAGACAUGAAGACCCAGCACUGACUCUGGCAGCAGGUUUGACCUCCAGCCAGCCGGUGGCCAAGCUGCGAGCACUGCCUCUCUGGCUGUCCCUUCAGUACCUAGGUCACAAUGGAAUUGUCCAAAAGAUCAGACAUGCUGCCUCUCUGAGCCAGCAACUUCUGCAGAAGCUAAAAACUCUGGCCUCCAUCAAAACGUCGGAUGUGUUUGAGACAGAGAUCUCUCUCGUCGAGGCUUUGAUCAUGGUAGAGGAUGAACUCAGCUCCCCUGUGGUGUUGUUCAAGUUUUCCCAGGAAAUGAGUGCUGCAUCCAGUGGAGGUUCAGUAGAAGGUUACUGUGCUGGGGAGAAAGAGGUACUUGAUGCCUUCAACAGAUGGCUGGGUGAACAGCUGGUCCAGCUUGUUCCCACCAGUGGGAUAGAUGUCGUGGAGCUUGAAGAUGAAGGUACAUGUGUUCGCUUCAGUCCCCUCCUGACUGCUGCAGUUCUGGGGACCCAGCAGGAGGAUAUUGAGGUUCUAGUGGAGAAGCUGUCAGAGCUGGUGCCUCUAAUGAGCUCUACAAUGUGCUUUAGACAGGACUUUAGAGAGGAAACCCACCGACACUCGCCCUCACUCAUAUACAUGGAGGAGCUCAACUGGCCCGGCCUGGGUGCUCUCCGGUAUGAGCCUCAGGCUGAAGGAAUGGAUGAGAGCAGAAGGAAACAGGAGUUGAAAAAAAUCAACACUGAGCUGCUGAAGAAACUACAAGACCUUGACACUGACAUCAUUUUCUCCACAGGUCCUGAGUUUGGGACGGAAGAGGACUGCAUCUUUGUUGGCAUGGUCACUGAGGACGUUGAUGUUGCAGAGCUGGUGGAUACAAUAGCUGGCCUUGGGAAGGACAUAGAGGAGAGUGGAAGGCUUUUGGAGAACAUGACGGAGGUCGUGAGGAAAGGCAUCUUGGAGGCAGAGCUGCAGCUGCAGAAGGCCAGUGAGGAGAAACUCAUGGAAGAGGGAGUGAUGAGACAGCUUCCUCUGGUUGGCUCUGUGUUAAACUGGUUCUCUCCAGUUCAAAGCUCCAUAAAGGGCAGGACCUUCAGCCUGGCUGCAGGUUCACUGGACUCUACAGAGAUGACAUAUUCCACCAAGGCCCAGACAGGCAGACCAUCCCUGCAAGACACCCCCACUCCCUCAUUAAAAAGACUGCCAGGUCAGAGAUUGUUCCGGCGCUCAGCUGGGGGUUUCGACUCCUUAAGCGAAACCAGUUCCAUUGGACAAGCUGAGGAGAUAACCAGGGAGGGAAGCACCACUGCAAGUGGGAGCAUCCACCCGCCCACCUCUCCACCUGCGCUUGAGGAGAGCUCUCACUCUGCAAGUGAUGUUGUAUCAAGGAAAAUCCUGGAGUCUUCUAUGCAGGUGCACACACUGAUGGAGGCUGGAGUGGCCUCAGAACAGAGGCAGCAUGAAUGCCAAGAGGUAGAGCAUAGUGGGAGAUAGGAUGACACUUUCUACAGGUGUCCUUCAGCCGUCCGCUAAAUGGUACCAGCCUAAUUUGCAGAUGUUCUGACACAUUGUGAAUCUAAAUCUUCCAGUUUUUAAGGGGAAAUUGUUUCAGCAUAGCAAUGAUUUCAACGUUAAACGGAAAAAUCCACCCCAGAGAUACUUUUCUACUGUGAUGCUUAGUGAUAAAGUAAUCUGAUAUGAUGAUUUCUCCAAAUGUUGCUGCAGCAUUCUCAGAAAUGUGUUUUUCCACAUUUUUCAAAAUGCCUUUUAACCCACCUGAAAAGGAAAAUUACAGCUGCUUCUGUUCAAAUGCAUAUUGGCGUGGAUGUGACAUCUGAUAGGAAAAUGAUCAGUCAUUGGUGUUUUGCUUUAUGGUCUGUUCAGGCUACUGUAGGGGGAGAAAUUGGUAAUUAAAAACUUGGUAUACCUGCCUCUUCUUCUUUUAUGCUGAAUAUCUACCAGUAUGUUGCUAUUACAUUCAUGUUUUAAGUUGAUAAAAACUGUAGCUGUACCAUAAAUAUCUCUGACUCACCACGUAUUCACAGGGAUAACAAGAUUACUUUCAACAGUAGAAAAUGUGUUUCAGGGGGGAUUUUUCCUUUGAAAUUAACAUGGAAUAGAGUCCAGUCCAGCUCUGUUUUACUUUUUUUUCACUGAUCUCUGAGUUAGUUGAUGACUUUGGGAUGUUUUGUUGGAUUAGAACGCAAUGGACUAGCCAUAUUGCACAUAGAAUUUCUUUAGAUUUGAAGAGAAAUCUGGUUGAACCGGGGCCAGUCCCCAUUUGAUAUGUAAUUCUCAUUGACACUCAGCUGGAAAGCUCAGUGUUAAAGCAAUGAGUGUCACUGCAGUUAACAGUUGAGAUUCCUCACUGUAAAUAGUCCACAUGAUUUAUAUCUAACCCACCCAAUUACUAACUUUAAUUAUUUAUAUUGAAAUAAGUCUGUAUAGAAGGAAGAGAGUAUCAUAAUCUAUUUAAUAAAAAAAAAAAAAGCCUUCUGACAAUAGUCACCUGCUUAGGGGCUUCAGAUGCUCCCUUCAUGUGUGCGACAAAUUAUCACUAAAGCAUAAAGUCUGAAGAUCUGAGAGAAGAAGUCACAAUAUUCUAAGAAUAAAGCUGUUAGUAUCAUUACUAAUAUUAUACUUGUAUUUAGACAAAACCAUCCUGCCAGACCUGUGUCAAAGUACUUCCCGUCCUGAUUACCCUUUAAACAUUGUCCAAGUGCCAUAUUUGAAGUGGAUAUUUGUGUUUGGUUUUUUUUUUUGUUUGUUUGCUUAUUUGUUCUUUUUUUUGUUUGUCUUUUUUGGGUUUUUUUUUGAUAAACGAGUUGCUGAGCUUGAAAACUCACCUGCCCUAAAAACUGACGUGCCACCCUGUUUGCCCUUGUCCCUAUGAUGUGUUCUGGUAUAAAUAAUCACCAAUAGUACGGGCUGAUGGUCAUGAGCAUGUUGUUUGCACUUUAUUCAUUUUCUUUAAAAGGAUUUCUGUGUGUAGAACCUAACAAAGCUCAAACUGUCAUGGAGUUUGAAAUCACAUACUAUACACUACAUAGUCAGUAUGUUUACUAUCAUUCAGCAGGUUUUGUGUGAAUAAACAGUAGUAUGUAGCUUUUCAGAUGUACUGCACAGUGCGUAUCACAUGACUUUCAAUUAACUGAUCUAAAAACAAUAUAAUAUGCCCAACGAAGCGAAACCUUACUUGCACUUACACUGAAGCAUUAUUGAUGCUACACCAUAAAUGCAUUGGUCGCUGCCCGCCAUUGUAAUGUUGGUGUCGUUACCAUCGCUGCUGCAUUGCAUUGUGGGAUAUUUAUGCCAGCGUAGUGUGCAUUGCUUGCAUCUCACGUACUAUUGGUCUCAUAGUAUGCAACAUGAAAUGCUACAUAAAACAUGACACUGUAACCACCAUAGACUUCAAAACCCUUAAAACUGACAUUGUACAGUCUAGACUGUGUUAGACUCUGUCUGAUAGUGUGACUUAUAACAAACCUGUAAGAUUGCUUUAAGGGGCCUAUUGAAUUGCUAAAAGUUUUGUAACUAUAUUUUAGCCAACAACAACAAAAAAAAAAAGAAACAUGGGAAUAGCAGGAAAUGGAAGUGUGUCAUGUAUGCAUGCUUCAUGUGAAAUUUUCCACAUGUUGGACAGCGGUGACGGAUUAUUAUAGUUUUGCAUGGCUUUUGGUAUCGAAUUGGCAGAAUGGUUUUGGCAGAAUGGUUUAGAAUUUGCUCUCAUGGAGGUAACUGAAUGUAAAAACAACACAAAAUGUCUAGGAAUGAAAGCCCAGAACACAAAAAUUUUGCCGCGGUGGUCCUUUAGAACUUUGAGCCACAUACUGGAGGAACAUUUGCUUUAAAGAGUUGUGAAAUGUAGAUUAAAUACAGUGGCUGGUGAGGAAUUAACCCAAUGAGAAUGAAGAUUACAAAAUAAUUUGUUUCAUCUUUAUUGCACUUGUUCAACAGAUAAUUUCUUUACUACUGUUCUUUAUUUAAUAUCUUAUAUUGUAUCAAUGAAACAGAAUCUUAAUGAUUAUUUCUGCAGUGUGAUCAUAAUGUAAAGCUAAAUCAGUAACUUUAAGAAGAACUUGUGAUUUGAUUUAAUGAAAUGUCCUGCCUUUUUCACUGUCUGAAUGAUUGAUUGUAUUUAAUAACCAGAAUCUUUUCUCUUGAAUGUUUUCUGCCAUUAGUUUACAGUACAGCAACACUUUGGAUUAAGUUCAGAGUUUUCUGGUCUUAAUGUCAGGCCAUAGCUUUCUGUGUUUAUGCUAGAAUUCGGUUAAAAAGUACCUCCCCAUCUGAUUUUUAGUCUUAGUCUGUACUGUUGAGAGUUGGUGAUUUAGUGCAACUGGCAUGUUUGUGGUUCAGAUAGUCAUUCUUAAAAGAUGUGUGUAUAAAAGCAUUUGAAAACACUGUUACAGAUUUUUACAUGUGGAAAAAAAGGUUAAUUCUACUGUUUAUCUGUAAUGUAGCUAGAAACAGACCCAAAUGAGUAAUCUUUAAAAAUUCAAACUGUCCUAAAACUAAAAGACAACCAGUUUUAGGCAGCAGUAGUACAACAAAAACUGACAUGCUGUACUGAAACUUGCACACUUUAGACAAGUCAGAAUUCUUUACCAAAUAGACAAGCCUACAAAAUAAGAAAAUACAGCUGUCAUACCAAGAUAAAAUAAAAAUGAGACAAAAGUUAUACUGAUUACUGGAGGUGUGGAAUUGCAUGACUUGGACUCAAGACAGAAUUGACUCUUGACUGAAUCUCAGAACUUGAAGCUUGAUGAAAUCAAAAUGCAAUGCAGCGUUGACUUCUGUCUUCACCUGCACCCUGGAUUGAAACUAGCUGUUCAUUUUAUUUUCCUGGCCAAAGAUAAUCUUUGAACCAAGUAAACAGCAGCCAUCGUAUAGGAUAAGCAGUGCAUGUUUGGCAGUGGGAGGUACAAAACCUCAACAAGACUUGCAUAAUCAGUUUGCUCUCAGUUGUUUUUUCUGUUUAUCUGAAAGACAUUAAUAUGUUUUACGAAAAGCAUUAUAUCUAUAAGUUACCAUACUAUCUGUUACAAUUUUAAUUGGAAUUCAGUUUGUUUAAGGUCGCGUAAUGACCUGUUUGGGAUUUGAAGCACAGGCUUUAGGACUUGACACUUUGGAACUUCAAAGCCUGAACUUCAGACUUAAUUGUGACUUGCCAAACUCUGACUUUUCCCACCUUUGCUAAUGUCAGUUCUGUAGUGGCAGUAAUAAUUACAUUAUUAUGUGUACUAUAGGUACUAUACAAUGCAGUAAUUGUAACACAUACAUUCUCAUGCAACAAAUCGUACCUUUGGGAGCCUUUGCUCAAAGCUCAACACUGUGCUCAUUUUGGGGACUGUAGCUACUGGUAUGUGGGUGUAUGCGUGUCUUUUGGAUUAUGUUUCUGUUAUUGUCCACAUCUUUUAUGCACAGGAAGUAAGUCCUAAAUUGUAAUAUACGGUAGAAGUGUUGCUUUCAGACUAACCAUGAUCAUGUCAUAAUAACAAUAAUAAUUAAUACCAUAGCUUCAUAUACUGCCGAUAUCCAAAAUCAGAAUUGGCUAGUUGUGUCCUUUUAAAUUUGAAGCUAAUGCCUACAGGCACCACUUUUUAUUAAUAGGUAGCAUACGCUAGUUGAACUGGUUUUUUGGUGCCUGAGGGCAUAUGCAAAACCACAAAAUAUUCUGAAAUGAAUUAUUUUAUCUGUACAAGGUCAUGGGUUCCCAUUGAUUGAAUCAGAUAUAAUUAUCCGGACAAGCUUUAUUUUUUGUGUUAGACUGAGGGCAUUAAAACCAAUACACUGUUACACUGUUGAUUCAUUUUAAUUCCUCAGUGUAGUUUGUAUGAUUUAUUACAACUCUAAUAUACACCUCUUGUGCCCAAAGGUGGUUGAGGAGCAUUAAUGGAUGCAAUGAAAAAGGAAAAAUGGUUUAAACAGUGGUCGAGAUUGGUGUGUUUCAAAACCAAACAUAUUUUUAUUAAAUCAUGAACUUAGUAAGUU